AGCCCGAACAGCCAGCCGAUUCAUUCAAAGCUUCGACUUCGUUGCGUGUAGAUCGACAUAGAGUAUAGUACCUCUGCGACUGUGGAUUACGCGAGUUUACUCUACUACUUCAAGUAAUAUCUAUAAAAUACCAAACAACAAGAUGGUUCUGGAGAUGGAAAUGUCCAAGACCUAUCAGUACCGCAAGGUGAUGAAGCCCAUGCUGGAGCGGAAGCGUCGUGCCAGGAUCAACAAGUGCCUGGACGAGCUGAAGGACAUCAUGGUGGAGUGCCUGACGCAGGAGGGCGAGCACAUCACCCGGCUGGAGAAGGCCGACAUCCUGGAGCUCACCGUGGAGCACAUGAAGAAGCUGCGCGCCCAGAAGCAGCUGCGUCUGUCCAGUGUCUCCGGUGGGGGAAACCCAAGUUCCCAAGAUCCCAAGCUCAGCAUUGCCGAGAGUUUCCGGGCGGGCUAUGUGCAUGCCGCCAAUGAAGUGUCCAAGACUCUGGCCGCCGUUCCCGGAGUGAGUGUGGAUCUGGGCACCCAGCUGAUGAGUCACCUGGGUCAUCGCCUGAACUACCUGCAAGUGGUGGUUCCCUCGCUGCCCAUCGGAGUGCCCCUUCAGGCUUCUUCAGAGGAUCAGGGGGCCAUGGUCACACCACCGCCCUCGGAAUGCGGCAGCUUGGAGAGCGGCGCCUGCUCGCCGGCUCCCAGUGAGGCCAGCUCCAGUUCCUCCGGACCCAUGUGGCGACCCUGGUGAGCACUGGACACCCAGCUGAAUCGCCUUCGAGAGGAAGGCCUUCUACAAAUUGUUGCCCCGCAGAAAAAGGUGCUGGAAACCCGCCUUUUGGAGCUCUUCAAUUGCCGCCCAGGAUUAGUUGUUCCUGGCCGAGAAAAGCAGAGUCAACCAUCUCUAGCAGAGCCACACAUUCCGGCUAUAGAGAUUGCUGCUUCAUUUUCAAGAAACUGAAAAAAAAGAAACUGAAAAUAAAUGAAAUUCCCAACUAAA